UUUUCGAAUUUCCACAGGACUCAUUCAUCUUCUUCCCGGAUAAAUCUUACAACGGAAUUACCUAAAUAACCCUUCUCAAUUCGGGAUAGAUUUUGUUUAUGUGAGCAGAAGCAGUGCAGAAGAAGAUGGAGAUCAUUCAGCGAUUCUCUCAUCGCUUACUUCCUAUCUCCAUUGCCGAAAAAUGCUUCAGAAACUCGAAGAACAACAACCUAUUUGCGAUAAGGCCAGUUUUGGGCAUCAACGAAAACCAGGAACGAGGCUUCGGAUCCGGAAUUUCACUGCUGAAACCAGUCUCCAGUGUCGACUUUAUUACCAGAAGAACUUACAGUUUUUCUUCAACUGCUCGAGCAGGUUGGUUUUUAGGUUUUGGAGAUAAAAAGACAAGUUCGUUGCCAGAUAUAGUUAGGGCGGGUGACCCCGUACUUCACGAGCCAGCAAGCGAUGUUCCCGCCGAUGAAAUUGGGUCCGAGAGGAUCCAGAAAAUAAUUGAAGACAUGAUCAAGGUUAUGAGGAAGGCACCUGGGGUUGGUCUUGCUGCUCCUCAGAUUGGAAUCCCAUUGAAGAUAAUUGUUCUGGAAGAUACAAAAGAAUAUAUUAGUUAUGCUCCCAAGGAAGAAAUUAAAUCACAAGACAGGCGCCCUUUUGAUCUUUUGAUAAUAUUGAAUCCAAAGCUGAAAAACAAGAGCAAUAAAACUGCACUAUUCUUUGAAGGGUGCCUGAGUGUUGAUGGAUUCAGAGCCAUGGUUGAGCGCUAUCUUAACGUUGAGGUUACAGGUUUGGAUCGCAAUGGUCAGCCCAUUAAAGUAGAAGCUUCAGGCUGGCAGGCGCGCAUACUGCAACAUGAGUGUGAUCACUUGGAUGGUACAGUCUAUGUUGACAGGAUGGUUCCCAGAACUUUCCGAACUGUAGACAACUUGGAUUUACCUCUUGCUGCUGGGUGCCCCAAGCUUGGUGUUCGCUAGCAUGUAAGACUUUAAAAAGCACAUCAGUCAUCCCUCUUGCAAAUAAAAGCCAUCUUUGACAUUUGCCUCAAGCGGAAUGAUGAUCCCUUGAAGCUAAAUUGGAUCAAGUUGUUCCUUGGUGUGAUGGUCAUGCUGUUGGAAGAAGACCCCUUGGGCAAUGUGGAGGAAAAUUCACGCUGAUUUUACAGUAGAUCCAACUUAUUUGUGAAAAAAAAAAGAGAAUGCCAGACAUUGCUGAACUGUUUGACAGAGUUCAUAGUAUCUUAAGUGUCUCUUAUCAUUAAAAUUGGCUUGUGAUCCUUGUUUUUCCAUUCCACCCUUUCCUUUUCACUCAAUGUGGCAACUAACUUAAAUAGAAACGACUUGGAUAGAAGAUAUUUCUUACUAAAAUCCAAUUAUUCCCUUGGAAGCACCAGGUUUAAGGGAUUGUGAUAA